GUUUUUAGACAUGUACUACUCAAAGCUUAGGCACUCGUUCCUUUCUCGUUCAGCUUACUCGCUUGGAAAUCGUUUGGGAUUAAAUGCAAAUUUUCAAUAUAUUUCUUCUCGAGCUCAAAGCUCCAAAGUACGAGGAAGUGUGAUUGGGAUCGAUUUAGGAACAACUAAUAGUUGCGUAGCAGUUAUGGAAGGAAAGACACCUCGCGUAAUUGAGAAUGUUGAAGGUGGUCGUACUACACCUUCUGUCGUUGGCUUCACGAAAGAAGGUGAAUUAUUAGUUGGUUUACCUGCUAAGCGUCAGGCUAUUGUAAAUCCAGAAAAUACUUUCUUUGCUACAAAGAGAUUGAUCGGUCGUCGAUUCAAAGAUCGUGAAGUACAACAAGAUAUAGGUCAUGUUCCAUAUAAAAUCAUUGAACAUUCAAAUGGUGAUGCAUGGUUAGAAUCUCGAGGAAAGAAAUAUAGCCCUGCACAAAUAGGUGCUUUUGUUGUUGGAAAAAUGAAAGAAACUGCAAGUUCUUAUUUGGGAAAAUCUGCGGAUAAUGCGGUCAUCACUGUUCCUGCAUAUUUCAAUGAUUCUCAACGUCAAGCUACUAAAGCUGCUGGACAAAUAGCUAAUCUUAAUGUAUUACGUGUGAUCAAUGAACCUACCGCUGCAGCACUUGCUUAUGGUCUAGAUAAAAUUGGUGAUAAAGUUAUUGCAGUUUAUGAUUUGGGUGGUGGCACAUUUGAUAUCAGUAUAUUAGAAAUUCAAAAGGGAGUUUUUGAAGUAAAAUCAACAAAUGGAAACACUCAUUUGGGUGGUGAAGAUUUUGAUAGCACUUUGGUUAAAUAUUUGGUUGAUUCAUUUAAAAAAGAGCAAGGAAUAGAUAUAUCAAAGGAUAACAUAGCUAUCCAGCGAAUUCGCGAAGCAGCUGAAAAAGCUAAAAUUGAACUUUCAUCUACUAUACAGACAGAUAUAAACCUUCCAUAUAUUACUGCUGAUGCUACUGGACCUAAGCAUAUCAACAUGAAGCUUACUCGUUCUACAUUUGAAGCUCUCACAAAGGGACUUGUUGAUAAAACUGUUGAACCUUGUAAGUUGGCUUUGAAAGAUGCUAAUGUUGAAACUAAAGAAAUCAGCGAAGUUAUACUGGUCGGUGGUAUGACACGUAUGCCAAAGGUUAUCGAAACGGUAAAAGCAUUAUUUGGUCGUGAACCUUCAAAGAGUGUUAAUCCUGAUGAAGCUGUCGCUAUUGGAGCUGCAAUUCAGGGCGGUGUACUUGCUGGAGAAGUUACAGACAUUUUAUUAUUAGACGUAACGCCACUGUCACUUGGAAUCGAGACUCUUGGUGGAGUAUUCUCUCGUCUAAUUAAUCGAAACACGACAAUUCCUACCAAAAAAUCGCAAGUAUUUUCAACUGCCGCAGAUGGCCAAACAAGGGUUGAAAUUAAGGUUUAUCAAGGUGAAAGAGAAUUAGUUCGUGAUAAUAAGUUACUAGGAAACUUCCAAUUAGGAGGAAUUUUGCCAGCUCCUAAAGGAAUCCCUCAAAUCGAAGUUACAUUUGAUAUUGAUGCUGAUGGUAUAGUAAAUGUUUCUGCUCAAGAUAAAGCUACUGGAAAAGAUCAAUCUAUUACUAUUGCUGCUUCUUCUGGUUUGAGUAAGAAUGAAAUCGAGAAAAUGAUCCUUGAAGCUGAACGUUUUGCUGAUGCAGAUCGUGAAAAGAGAGAACUUAUUGAAUCAUCUAAUCAUGCAGAAUCUGUAAUUCAUGAAACUGAAAAGAAUAUAGAAGAAUAUAAGGAUCAAUUGGACUCAACAGAAUCUGAAAAUAUUAAAUCACAAAUUCAAUCUUUAAAAGAAAUGGUAGCAAAAGCACAAACUGGUGACGAUACUAUUAAAGCAGAAGAAAUUAAAUCCAAAGUUGGUGAAGUACAAUUAGCUAGUUUAAAAUUAUUUGAAAUGGUAUACAAGAAGCGUGAAUCUGAAAAACGUGGAAGUGGUAAUGAUGAAAGUAGCGGUAAUAAUGAAGCUGAAUAUCGAGAUGUUAAAAAGGAUGAUGAUAAAUAA